AUGAUUACUCGUGAGCGCGAAGCUACUCUCACCUUCACUCCUCUCGCCCGGACCUUCGGUGCAGAAGUCCACGGUGUUGACUUCUCGAAGCCCAUUUCGAAGGAGACCGCAGCCGAGAUACGAGACGCGUGCAACAAAUAUGGUGUCCUCGUGUUCCGCGGCACAGACAUCGACAAUGAGCGGCAAAUUGCAUUCACCGCCCACUUUGGCGAGAUGUAUGAUGUGAAAGCACACAUGCACGCCGGACGAAAGAUGCGUUUUCCGACCCAGCCUGAGAUCUUCGACGUCUCGAACCUCGACGAAAAUGGUAACGUGCUCACCGAGCUCGAGCCGGCACGCGUCGGAGCGAAUAAGGGCAACUGCCUUUGGCACGCAGACAUGGCCUAUAACCCACGCCGCGCACACUAUUCCAUCCUCCGGGCGGUCGAGCUUCCCCCAAAAGGCACCGGAGGAGAGACGCAGUAUCUCGAUUCCCGCACCGCGUACGACGAUCUUUCCGAGGAGAUGAAACAACGUAUCGAACCUCUCGUCUGCAACAACUCGCUCUACCACAACCGAAAGCUCGCAGCCCCAGACACAUUUGCGGAUUUCGAGCCCCUGGAGUUUCCCAUGGCACGACAUAAGCUGGCCCAGCUGCACGAAGAAUCGGGGCGCAUGAACCUGUACGUCACAACAUACGUGCAUCAUUUCGAUGGGGAAACCAUCGAGCAGAGCAGACCGCUGGUGAACGAGUUGCUGGACCACGUCUCGCAGGAUAAAUACUUGCUGACUAUUGAGUGGGAAAACAACGGUGACAUGGUGAUGUGGGACAACACGGCGGUGUUGCACCGGGCCACUCCAGGAGGAGCGUACACCACCAAGUAUAAGCGAGAUGUGCGUCGAACAUCGACCAAAGACAGCAGCUCUUAUGGAUGGGGGGUCGAUCGCACUGCCACCUGGGAAGCUGGACUCCGAACCACCAAAGAAUGA